AUGGAGAACUACAUUCAAAUACGUGUGUUGGGCAAAGGGAGCUUUGGCUCCGCCUGGCUCGUGCAACGGCGUAGUGACAAGGCGCAAUUUGUUGCGAAGGAAGUGCGACUGGGUGGCAUGAAACCGGCGGAGCGGGAGAGCGCAAAGCACGAGAUUGAAGUGCUGCGAACCCUAAAUCACCCCAACAUCACCCGUUAUGUGGACCAUUAUGAAAAAAACGGCUCACUUUACAUUGUGAUGGAGUACGCCAACGGGGGCGAUCUUUACACAAAAAUUAGGUCCCGCAAGGGAAUGCGUUUUAGGGAAAAGGGGAUUU